GCAAAUCUGUUGCUGGGCGCUGAAGGUCUUUUUGUCUGUCCAGGAAGGAAGGAAAUAAACGAACUCAGCAAAGGGAACGAUUCAUAGCAGUCAUACUUGUGCAAGAAACUAGAAUCACACACAAACUCCUAAAUUUAGACUUACUUUAACGCAUAACGACAUAUUUUUGUUUGUUUUAGCAAUAACGUGUUGCAUUGCCAUUUAGCAAGAUAAACUCCCAAAACAACGUGUUUAUUUAUUUUUAUUUUUAAAUAAGCAAAUAAAUAUACAAUAUAAAUUUUAUUUUGACGAUCGCGAUACGGCAGUAGCCAUACACAGCCGCCAUGGCAGACGAAGACCUACAAGUGGAACUUUUUGUAAAGGCGGGGCUCGACGGGCAGAGCAUUGGAAACUGUCCCUUCUCUCAGCGGCUCUUCAUGGUGCUGUGGCUCAAGGGAGUCACUUUUAACGUGACCACCGUGGACAUGAGGAAGAAGCCAGAGGUGUUGAAGGACCUGGCCCCUGGUGCUCAGCCCCCCUUCCUCCUGUACGGCACGGAGGUGAAGACUGACACCAACAAGAUUGAGGAGUUCCUGGAGGAGAACCUGAGCCCUCCCAAGUACCCCAAACUGGCAGCUAAGAACCCCGAGUCAAACACAGCCGGUCUGGACGUCUUCUCCAAAUUCUCAGCCUACAUCAAGAACUCUAACCCUGCCAUGAACGACACUCUGGAGAAGGGGCUGCUCAGAGCCCUGGAGAAGCUGAAUGCGUUCCUGAGCACGCCGCUUCCUGAGGAGAUUGAUGAGAACAGCGCGGAGGACGAGAGCGUCUCCACUCGCCACUUCCUCGACGGAGAUGAGCUCACGCUGGCCGACUGCAACCUGCUGCCCAAACUGCACAUCGUCAAGGUGGUGUGUCUGAAGUACCGCGGAUUCGAGAUCCCGCGCUCGCUCUCCUCGCUCUGGCGCUAUCUGGACGCUGCCUAUGCCAGAGAGGAGUUUUCUUCAACCUGCCCAGCUGACCAGGAGAUUGAGCAGGCCUACACCUCCGUAGCACGAGCGCUGAAGUAACGAGGCACAGAGACCGGGGCAGACACACGCAUCACCCACACGCUUCUUUGUAGCGUUUAUUUAUUUCUCUCAUAGUUCUCGUGAGGACUCUGUUGACUCUCAUGCAGGGUAUGCCUGCUGUUCUAAACGCCACAGGAGCAAAGGGACAAUGAUUAUUUAUGCUCAAGAUAUCUAGGGUUUACAUUAUGCAUACAUUGUGGGGUGCUAUAAAUAUACACACCCGUGCGCGCACACUCACACUGAGACACAAGUUUAAAUCUUUGAUUGCUAUACUUUUACAGCGAGAGGAUUGCUUGGAUGAGGGCUGUCAAACUCAGCUCCUGGAGAGCUUCAGUGUCUUCUCGCUUUCGUUCCACCCCGAGCUGUCACUUACUUAAUUGGUCUAAUUAUUGAUUAAUUGGACACAUUUGGCACUUCUCUGCAAGCCUCACAAUGUUUCAUAAGGCAGUGUGCCUUGAAUCAAAGUGCAUUUUUAAAACCGUCAUCUGUAUAAGACCUUGAAACAUAUGCAAUAUGUAAAAUUCAACAAAUAAUUAGAUCAGUUAUGUUAAUUCAGAAUUUAAGUGUGAAUGAAGACCCUGCUGCCCUCAAGGACUGGAAUUUGACAGCUCUGCUUAGAUGCAGUGUGUGUGUGCGUGCGUGCGUGCGUGUGUAUGAUGACAUUUCAUAUUGGCUGAUGGACUUGUAAUAUAGCCUGCAUUUAUACACUGUGUAAAGAAAAAUACAUAAAGGGAACAUAUGAAUUCUCAAAGGGACCAAGCAAUUGUAAUUGCUAUGUAAUUGAUCAAUUACACCCCUUUCACAUUGAGUGAACAUUCUCUAUUUGCAGCCCCUUUUGAUGACCCCCUUUUGCUUGAAAAAACCUCUUACAGCGUGCUUGCGUAUUUCUCCCUGCGAUUGCUGCUUGGCAGAAUGAACAGUACACAUGUUAAUGUGCGGAGCUGUGUUGUUUUCAUUGCAGCAUAGCUGUAAUUGAACACCGUAGCAUUGCAAGUGUAAUUUCAGGAAACCUUUGUGAGUUUCAAUAGUACAGGAGGGCUCUCUCCCUCUCCCUCAUCUGAUAAAAAAAUAUGUUUCAAUGGAGCAUGUUGAUUUAAAUUCCGUGUGCAGUCUGGUCAAGGCUAAGUGGCGCUGGCUCCUACUGUUGUACAGACGCGUUAUCUACUUGUGUAACAAGCAGAAUCUAUCUAAAAGAAAGUGUGUUUAAACCUGCAUGAAAGCCACACAUUGCCUCACUCCCAGCUCUGCACCUUGUUUAAGUAGAGACACUCGGAGAAGUGUGAUUUGCCCGGUCAUUCUGUCCUCCAGUUUGAGUGAAUGCAGGACUCCGAAGUGAGAUCCGCUUUUUUAAAAAGAAUACAAUCGCUGAGGUCCUCCGCAUAUAUGGAAGGUGACAAUUGUUAACUCUUCAUGUAUGAAGGUAAAGCUGCCAGCUACAAGCCAAAGCAGCUCCUGGACUCAAAACACAACAGAGUUUAUCAAAAGGCUGUUUUAAACAGCGUUUCUGAGGAAGUGUAAUAAGACAGAUGGGAAACAUCGUAAAAAAAAUGAUUAGAAGCUCCUUUAAAGACUUUAGAAUGAGUGUUUUUUUUUUUUUUUGUUUAGCCAGAUAAAUAAUAUCGUGAAUCGCCCCUUUAAUUGUGAUGACUAAAGUAAUUCAGUUUGUUGUCAAGAUGUUUGAUUCUAGGAGUGAAUCGGUUCAUUGUUUUCUGUUCAGUAUGUGGUAUUUCCCCUUGCGUUUUUAGUUUUAAAGGCUGUUUUUCGCCAGUGCCUUUUGUAAAACAAACAAACAAACAAAAAAAAAAAACAUCCCCAAUAAAACUCUGUUUCAGAAUGUG